AUGGGAAAUGAGUCUUACCGUCAUGAUGGUGCUGAUACCAAUGGACUGUCUACUUCAUUAAGUAGAAAUGAGAUGGUGGGAGAAGUUCAAGAAGAGAAGUCUCGAAGGGAAAAACUAAGCCUAACUGCGAAGAACGUUGAACUGAAGCAAAAGAUUUCUGAAGCACCAGGAGAGCAGCCCAGAAGAUCAAGUCAAACAAAAACACGAUACACGGAAGAAGCCAAUAAUGAACCAGGAAGUCGUAAAGCUGUGGGAGGAGGUUCUCAUUCUGUAUCAAGUCACAACAGGAUGCUGUGUUGGCAGCUAAAUUCCCUCACAAGAGGAAACUCCUUUCAUCCGGUCAGUCGUGGAAAUAGUCUUUCUGUUAACAUUGAUGAUGAAGUUGAUGAGGAUGUUCAACAGGAAGAGGAAAUGUUAAGUACUGAGUUUAAUUCACUUGAUGCUCCCUGUUAUUAUUUUCCAAUUAAGAAAAGAGGUGCUGGAAAAACAACUCUUAUAUCUGUAUUAACUGGACUUUAUGAACCAACCUCUGGUACUGCUAAAAUAGGUGGUUAUGACCUUGCUACACAGGUCAAUCUUUAUGAUGCUCGUAAGAGAAAAUCCAAAGCUCUUUCAGGAGGUAUGAGACGUCGUCUCUCUGUUGCUAUGGCCUGCAUUGGUAGUCCUGAUAUCCUUAUCCUGGAUGAACCUACUACAGGUCUGGAUCCUGCAUCACGUCGUCAAGUGUGGGAAGUGAUAGAGAAAGUGAAAGAUGGGAGAAGUGUGAUCUUAACAACUCAUGCUAUGGAAGAAGCUGAUCAUUUGUGUACACGUAUUGGUAAAUAA